GUCCGUAGUGGGGGUCCGCGGACCUGUGUCAGUGUUUUCGGGUUACCCGGAUUUACCUAAGGGAACCAGGAGGUAACUUCUCCUACACAACAGGAUUUAGCUAAGAGAAGUGUGUGGGAAUGAAUCACCAACACACACCAAAAUAACGUGUGUAAGGAAACCAAACUAAUGUAGGAAAAUAACCCAAAUAGUAAGAAAAAUAAUAACAUAACACUAAUAAAAAUAGUCUGAAAAUUAGCACUUAAAAUGAACUAAAGUGACCUUGUCACACUGAUAUUCGGAAUUAUUUAAUGGUCGUUGUGUUAUCGUAACACGGAAUAGUAAAUGCCUUUCGAAUUAUGCGUAACACGAUUCGUUGAGCGUUCAAGCAGAAAGCAUCUACAAAACCGCAGCUGCUAUUUACAUAAUUUAUAUUUAACAUACCCUCGAGCUUCAACAGGAACUAGUGGUCUAUGCUUAACGAAGCGGUUGUUUUGGUUUAAUUUGGGUGUUUUCCAGAAUUCUGUGUGAGUUCUAUUUCUUUACUGUAUGAUCCAGGCCAAGCUGCGAAGAUUGAGAAGAUGCAGUCGUACUUGUACAGCCUCGCUUUUCUUCUGAUCCUCGCCGAGAAUGCAAGCACCACAACAUUCACGGCUGAUGUCGAUCUCAGCUUGAGUCGCCAUCCCAGGGAUGUGAACAGCGCUGCAGUGUUGACUCCUUUGAGUUUGAAUGUAACUUCUCAAAUAUCUUCACGCUUUGCCAACACUUUGGUUACGAGUACGUUGGAAAACAAAUCCCCCCAAAAUCAAGAGGCCAAGUUCGUCGUUCAGAUUCCGGAAACUGCUUUCAUCUCGAACUUCUCGAUGGUGGUGAACGGAAAACACUACAUCGGGAAGGUAAAGGAGAAGAACGCUGCAAAAAAUGAGUAUGAGAAAGCGAAGAACGAGAGCAGGAAUACGGGUCUCGUGAGCUCCACUGGAUCAGAACAAGCUUUACGAGGUAUGGAUGUGUUUAACAUCGCGAUCAGUGUGGCACCAAACAGCAGCGCUGAAUUUCGUUUGAACUAUCAGCAGCUUUUGGUGAGGCGAAAAGGUUAUUACGAACAAGCCAUCAGUGUUCGACCUAAGCAGAUAGUUCCCGUACUUAAGGUUGUCGUGGAUAUCGAAGAACCUCAAGCCCUUAGUUAUGUGGAUGUGAUGAAAAUUCGGGAGAAUCCGAGCGACGCAGUCGUGAAGGGGAAUCCACUGGCAGCUGUAACUAACGUAUCACCAACCUCGGUUCAUAUAGAGUACAAUCCAAGUGAAGACGAGCAGGGGCCAACUGGAAUACACGGAGAUUUCAUUAUAAGAUAUGAUGUGGCUCACGGAAAUGAUGCAGGCAUUAUCCAGGUACUUGGUUCCUACUUCGUGCAAUAUUUUUCACCGAGUGGCCUUAACCCAAUAGCAAAAAACGUCGUCUUUGUCAUUGACAUCAGCGGUUCAAUGAGUGGACAGAAGAUUGUACAAACCCGCCAAGCAAUGUUCGCCAUCCUGAGCCAGCUUCGUGCAGGUGAUUCUUUUAACAUUGUUCUGUUUAAUGGCGACACAGAACAGUGGAGGAGUUCUGCGUCACCGGCAACUAGCGAGAAUAUCAAGGAAGGGAAAGCGUUCGUCGACGAGCGCGUAAAAGCGGGAGGCGGAACCAACAUCAACAGCGCACUUCUUCUGGCCCUUAAACUCCUUACAAACACAGCUAACCAGCCAAACUCUCCAACUGCUGGCAAUUUUCCAGUGGUACUGUUUUUGACAGACGGUGAUCCAACAGCAGGAGUGACGAACACUAAAACGAUUCGCACUAACGUUUAUAACGAGAACAAGAUAAAAGCCUCCAUCUUCGCCUUGGGAUUCGGUUUCCAUAUGAAUUUUGAUUUCCUAACAGCUCUGUCAGUCGAAAACGGAGGAAACUCUCGUAGGAUCUACCCAGAUAAAGACGCUAAAAGUCAACUGGAGGGAUUCUUUGACGAGAUCAGCACGCCACUGUUACUGCGAGUUAGAUUCGAUUAUCCCAAAGAUAUAGUGGAUGACGCAAGAGUUACUGCCUCUGAGUUUUCUCAGUACUAUGAGGGAUCGGAGCUUGUCGUGAGUGGAAAGAUCAAGGAAGGCGUUAGCUCAAGGUUGAUGGCUGUUAAUGUUCGCGGUAUUUCCAGCAAUAAUCCUGAUGUCACGUACACAGUGUCGCGCACUCUUCAGAACCUGACCAUUCCUUCUAAUAAAGUGCUGAUUGAGGAUUUCACCGAGAGGCUCUGGGCUUACAUGAAAAUUAAGCAACUGUUAGUCGAACUAUUGGUAACGGACGAUCCGAAGGAACAAGCUCGACUGAGAUCCGAAGCACUGCAGAUGUCACUUCAGUAUAACUUUGUUACACCACUCACCUCCUUUGUCGUGGUUGAGUCCGACUCGUAUGAAGAGGAAGAUUUGGUUUUAGCCUACGGCGUGAUGACUAAAGGCGCCUUCUCCAGCAAUGCCUUGUCUAACCGGCUGAGCCCACUCGCUGGAUGGAGAAUGUUGUCUUCCGGAUUGCUGGUUCUUUCUAUUUUCUUCACUUUAGUGCGAUUUCGAGCUUACUAGUCACGACUAAACAAUCUGGAUGAUAGGCGUUGUUUGCUAAUCGCUUGCAACUUUUUCCUGAAUGUAAGCCUAGGAUAUGACAGACGCUGAGACAACACUCAGAUUAAGCUUAAUCUACUGAAUUUAGGAACUGCAGCUAAUAGUAGUAAUUCAAUCAUAAAAUUUAGUGUCUUAUUAAAUCCUCGAGCUACUCACGUCCCGCACAGUAAAGAAAAUCUCCUGGAAAAUAUAUAGGCUUCCAGGUAGUCUGGUCGCUGCCAUCUCCUUUCUUCCCCUCAAUUUGUAAAAAGGCGAGCGAGUGAAGCGUACGUCGAUGGUGAGACGAACGACAGGGCUCUUUACACAGUCGUUAUGUUACUGUAAAUAGUCGUGCGGUUUUGUCAUGAGCCCCUGGCUCGGGAGAUUGGGCAACCACUCCCUACGUUUACGACUUAAAUAAAGCUACCUUACCUCACCUCACCUCACCUCACCUCACCUCACCUUACCUUACCUUACCUUACCUUAACUUAACUUACGUACCUUACCCAUCCCUUUGCAUUUGCGGUUUGUAUUUUAAUUUUGUUCGCAACUUCGACGAUAUUUUGAAAUAUAAUGUUUGUAAACACUGACUAGCCUUUAGGAUCAGGGGAAGUUUUUCAGGCCCCAACACUGAGCAACCUGCUCAUUAUUAGAUCAUCUUUCCUCACGUAACCAAGUAACCUAUUUAAAAAAACACUCUUCUGGAAAGAAAGGGUGCUUCAAAAGGGGGCUGCGCACGCGCGACGACCCAAGAAAGGGACCGAGCAUCCUGUUGGUGACCCCAAGUUUACAAAAUUAAGUUGGUCCCUUACGAGAGACACCCAGAAAACGAAAGUAAACUAGUUAAUUUGUACAAACUUUGUAAAUGUAACUUUACUGUUCCUUUACAAUUUACAACUUUAGCUAACUUUGUUACUUAAUACACAACAAGUUGCAAUACACUACUUAAACGUAA